AACCCAUCGAAAAUAAACUGAAAUGCUGCACUGGUCGCACAAAAAUUCUCUGUAGAAUACAACAGUGGCAGUAGGUGUCAUAAUGGAGUCCCCAAACAGUCCUUCGCUGGAACAGUCUGCUGGUCCGACUGAGGAUGAGCCGAAGACAAAGUCCCAGGCGGAACAAACAGAUGGUAGUAAUAUCGUGUCCAGGGUCUUCAAGACAGAAUUCGAUGCCAAAUAUAAGAUAUACGACAUGCGAACGCCGCUUAAUGCCUUCAUGUCGGGGCAGUAUAAGCGGAGCGGGGCAUACAAUACUCUGAGGAAUCGCCUUCCCGUCAUUUUGACGAAUGUGAUAGACACGCUGACCAAGGAUAAGAGCGAGCUGGUUGAACAAUUCGGUGAGGAAGCCCGCGAGGAACUCAAAAUCAUCAUUGGCCUCAUAUCCAGGCUGAAGUACGAGCUGCAGACGGACAAGCCGUUUCAGGCAUUCGCAGGCGAAGAGCCCGAUCGUGCACUUUGGAAUAAGUUUCUCAGUCUGCUGCCCGAUGAGGAGCGCACCUUCUUCAGAUCCUGUUGUCUGUAUUCCGAGUGCUAUAUGCACAGGAAACUCUACUCCUUUGUGGAGAACAGCAUCUUCCUAAGGCCGUACGACUUCCACGUCAAGAUCAAGGAGCAUUCGUUGACGAGCUGCAUAGAUGAUGUACUCUCGCUCACCAAGUAUACGCGUCGCACAGACAAAAGCCUGGAAAUCUUUGGGGAGCUGCUGAGGAUUAACUUGUGGAGCAACUGCAACGACGCGCCCAGAGAUCUGGAAACACCGGCACCACCACCCUCGCCAUUCAAUAAAAAUGUGCUUGAAGAUGUCAUCGCAGCAGAUGAAUACAUACUCGCCAACCAAGAGGCGCAGAUUUGGCAGUGCCUGGACAACCGGAAGCAGAAUAAGCCAAGCCAAGUGGAUUUUAUUCUGGAUAAUGCCGGCUAUGAGCUGUUUACCGACUUCAUCUUGGCAGAGUACAUGAUUGAGAAGGGACUGGCCACAAAGGUUUGCUUCCAUGUGAAGGCACAUCCCUGGUUCGUGACUGACGUGACGGCGCGAGAUUUCAAAUGGACGCUGGAAUACUUGAGUCAGCAUCCAGAUUAUAUCAUUAGCUUAAUUGGCAAAAAGUUUUUGCAGUUCCUGGAGGAGGGAAAGUUUGAAUUAGCUCAUAUCUCACAUUUCUGGACAUGUCCAUACCCAUUUUACAGAAUGCGCGAGGCAGAUCCUGACUUAUACAGCUCUCUGCAGCAGUCCAAGCUAAUCGUUUUCAAGGGCGACCUUAAUUAUCGCAAGCUCCUGCAAGAUGUUUGCUGGGACUCCACCCAGGACAUGAACACAUGCCUGCGCGGUUUCCUGCCGAGCAAUAUGUGUGCUAUUCGUAGGGUCAAGGCGGAGGUCAUAUGCGGACUGCCCGAGGGUGUUAGUGAGACUCAGAGCCGAAAGGAUCCCCACUGGAUGAUCUCUGGCAUUUUUGGCGUCAUCCAGUUCGUGGAUGGAUCACGCGAAUUUGGCUAUUAGAGCGUAAAAUGUACCAAAGGCUUUACAGUUUAAAUUAUUUAUUAUAAAAUACAAUUUGAAUCCAACUUAA